UUAGUGAAUUAAAUUCAUCAACGCCUUUACACAAUAGAACAUCCUUUUGUUUUCUGGUUUCAUUCCCCCACACUAUUUUUUUCCCAUUAUAUUAGCUUUGUUGCCCUUUUCCAAGAAAACUGCACUUGCACUUGUCGCUCGACUCUUUACCCUUAUCUCUCAAGCAUCAUUUUCAUCCAUUUAUCAGUCUAUCUUUUGCUUCUUUUUUCUUAGUCCUUUCUUCUUUUUCUUUUUCCGUUUAGACAAAGGGACUAAAAUUUUCAGGCUAGAAAAAAGAUGACUGGGGGAGUUGAGGAACGUGAUCAAAGCGUGAGUCUUGAUCUUCUUAAGCAGAAAAUGGCUAACUUCGCCAAAGAACGGGACUGGGAUCAGUUUCACAGCCCUAGAAAUCUCCUUUUGGCCUUGGUGGGUGAAGUGGGAGAAUUGUCGGAGAUAUUUCAGUGGAAAGGGGAGGUCCCAAAAGGGUUGCCUGAUUGGAAAGAAGAAGAAAAAGUUCACCUUGGUGAAGAACUCUCAGAUGUUCUACUCUACCUUGUAAGGCUGUCUGAUAUAUGUGGUAUUGAUCUGGGCAAAGCUGCUCUGCGCAAAGUUGAACUUAAUGCCAUCAAGUACCCAGCUUCAAAGAAAAACUUCAAUACCAGCAAUGGCACUGCACACACUGGUUGAUCAUCUUUUCCAGAAAAAAGUUUGCUAAACCUUUUAGUUUUUUUUUUUUCUUAAGAACUUGUAUUUAUAUUCCCCUCACAGAUCAUAGUCAUAGCUGGUGGCUACUUUAGGUGUAUUUAUUCCCGUAGAUUUUCUUUCUAUUUCAGCAGCUGAAUCCAAUCUUUCCGAUCGAUAUAUAUAUACAGUUAUGAUAAAGAAAA